GGUCAAGACUUGACACUGCGCAUGCGUGAAACAUGGAGCCGAGAGCCGCUAAGUUCCGUCUUCAGUUCCGUUCACAACAAGUCGAUUUUGGCUGUAAAUAGACUUUAAUCUCACCAAUCGGAUGCACGUAAGCGGCCAGAGUGAUAGCCAUGUCGUCUGAGUGGUGGAAUCAGUGGCUUGUUUCCAAUGGCAGCUCUGCCUUUAACUUCACAAAAUGCUUCAGCUCCAACCAAAGCAGUGUCCUGUACGGGAACAACUUUGGAGGGAUACCAAUUGUGCUUUUUCUGGAUUUCUGUGUCUUCAUGUUCCUUUUGAUCCUUUUCUCUAUUAUACGAAAACAAUUCUGGGACUUUGGACGGUUAGCGCUGGUGGCUGAAAGUGAGGGGUUUAACGAUUUUGGACACCGUAACUAUGGUCGCAUGUCGUCCUUUCUGUCAAGCACAGAUGAACAUGAUCACGAAUUGGGCUUUUUCUCGUGGGUGCCUUACAUUGUGAGAAUGGAGGAUAGGAAAAUUAAAGAUAGAUGUGGGAUAGAUGCUACAAAUUACCUCUCCUUUCAACGCAAUCUGAUCUUCUUACUUAUUGUCAUAACUGUCGCUUCCCUUGGAAUUAUUUUACCUGUGAACCUGACUGGGAACCUUUUAGACAACCCACUAAAUUUUGGAAGAACAACCAUAGCCAAUCUUCCAAGUGGAGACUUGCUGCUAUGGCUGCAUACAAUCUUUGCAGUACUUUACUUGAUGCUGACAGUUGUUUUUUUACGACGCCACACUUCACAAAUGAAAGACAUGCGGAAAGAAAUAGCUAGAAAUACAUUGUUUGUUACUUCAGUGCCAAAAACGGCAACAGAAAAUGACGUAAGGUCUCAUUUUACAGACGCGUACCCAACCUGCCGCGUGUGUGAUGUGACUCUGGGCUUUGAUGUAGCUAAACUCAUGCACCUUGAUAAAGAAAGAGUUCGUGCUGGAAAAAAUUUGCGUUACUACGAGAAGGUGUUUGAGAAUACAGGCAUACGUGAAAUGAUCAGCCCCAGAGUGUGUGGUCACCUCUGCUGCUGCGCCUCAUGUGAAAAGGUUGAUGCCAUAGAGUUCUACAGCAACAAAGAAAAGCUGUUACUUGAAGAUUUCAGACAAGAAGCAGAAAAGGUUCCAGAAUAUCCUUUGGGAAUGGCAUUUGUGACCCUGCAGAAUGAGGGAAUGGCCAAAUUCAUAUUAAAAGAUUUUAACGCAGUGGAUUGUAGCCAGAGUUGCUGUUGUGGAAGAGAGCCUCAGCCAUCCCAGUAUAGUGGACCUCUGAAAGUGAAGAAGUGGACAGUUAGUUUUGCACCACAUCCCAAAAACGUGUAUUGGGAAAACCUCUCAGUGCGGGGCGUGAUGUGGUACCUGCGUUACAUACCACUCAACAUUUUACUGUUUUUCCUUCUGACCUUCCUCACAACUCCCACCAUCAUCAUCAACACAAUGGACAAGUUCAACGUUACUAAGCCCAUUAAAGAUCUCAAUAGUCCUAUAAUCAGUCAGUUCUUCCCCACUCUCCUGCUCUGGUCCUUCUCUGCACUACUGCCCACUGUAGUGUACUAUUCCACGCUUGGAGAGGCUCACUGGAGCAGGUCCAGUGAGCAGUUGAGUAUGAUGAGGAAGCUCUAUUUUUUCCUGCUUUUCAUGGUGCUUAUACUGCCAUCACUUGGACUAACAAGUCUUGCUGUUUUCUUCAGAUGGCUGUUUGAUAAGAGUUUUCUAGAGGAUGGAUUGCUUAAUGGAAAACUAAGAUUUGAGUGUGUGUUCCUCCCGGACCAAGGCGCUUUCUUUGUUAACUACGUCAUUGCCGCGGGUUUGGUGGGCUCUGGGAUGGAGCUGUUACGGUUACCAGGGUUACUUCUGUACACAGUUCGCCUGGCCUGUGCUCGUUCUGCUGCAGAGAGGAAAUACGUGAAGCAGAAUCAAGCUUAUGAGUUUGAGUAUGGGGCUAUGUACGGCUGGAGCCUCUGUGUGUUCACUGUAAUCAUGGCCUACAGCAUCGUAUGUCCCAUUAUUGUACCUUUUGGUUUACUGUACAUGCUCCUGAAGCACCUAGUGGACAAACACAACUUAUACUUUGCCUACCUCCCCGCGAGCCUGGACAAGAGGGUACACAUUGGAGCUGUCAAUCAAGCCAUGGCUGCUCCCAUCAUCUGCCUUAUAUGGCUUUACGUUUUCUCUGUGCUCAGGACCGGUUUUAUGGCUGCCACAUCCCUUUUCACACUUGUGGUGCUGUGCAUCACUAUCGGUAUCUGCCUCUGCUACACCUGCUUUGGCGUUUUUAAGUAUCUCAGUCCACACAAUUAUAAGGUUUCAGAUGAGGAUGAUGACGAUGCAGUGGAAGGAGGAGAAGAACACACCAUGGUCUACCUACCCAGAGUGCUUAAUACCAAAUCUCCAGCCCAGCCCCAAGAGGAGCCCCCAAAAUCAAACUUUUAUGGUUCAACAGAGGACAGCCCUAACUAUGACACAACUGCAGUGAAGGACAAUGCUUCAGAUACAUGAGUCAGUGAACUGCAUCAAAUAUUUUUUUAUAUACCAAAUAUACACAGCCAAAAGGGUAUUAUUGCUAUGUUUCCAGUUAAGACUCUGAUAUUGAUGAUGGGUACAUAAUGUUUAUACUGCCAUUGCAAAUGCCAAAGUCAUAAAAAAAAACAUUUGUUACUGUAUAAUGCCAGUGCUAACCUGCCAAGAGAAUCUCCUUUUAAAUUCACUUUUAUACUCUAUUUAUUAAUUAGUUUAUUAUUUUUCCUUGGCUUGUUCAAGGUUUAAAACUUCACAACAUUAAGUGAAUAUAAAUGUAAUUAAUUGUCACAGUAUUUAAUAAACCAACUCUUGUAUGUUUGUUACUUUUGCAAUGCUUGAAAUUUGCAAGAAGGAUCAUUGCCAUAUGCUCCGUGUGCCACUGGAGGGCACUGUGUGCUUUCUUUAAAACAUCACUUGGCACUAAACACACAGCACCACUUAAAGUAUGUCUAAGUUAUUCAGGCGCUGGAAUGAAUGUUUUACUGUGUAGCUUUUCCAGUAGCUCCACCCCUCACCUGAUCCUUUCGUGUUAACCGACUUGUAUAGCUGUCCUUCCCUUUUGGUCACACCACCUGCCUCAGCUAAAAGACAACACAGUGGACACAGUUGUUAAAUAUGGCUAAUGAAGUGCUAAGUUUUCUCCUAUUGUUAGCAUUGUAUACAAAACUACUGAGCAUAAGAGAUCGGUGAACUUCGUAAUGUUUACAUAAUAGAUUGAUUGCCCCUCAUCUCAGCAUUAAACUUUUGUAAUUAUGAAUUUAUUUAGUUUUACCUUGACCUUACUUUGGUACAAAUUGGCUUAAUGUAAUAUUAUGUAUAGGUGAUGAAGCAGCAAACAUGAGUAUUAUGGAAGGUAUUUAAAAAAAUGUGAAAUUACAAUAGGUCACAGUACAGAAUUGGUUAAAUUCAUAAUGAGAUAAAUAAAUAAACUUAUGUAACAGAAUGUCAUGAGAAAGCAAUGUCUGGUUAGACUACAAAACCACUAAUAAGUUGCAGAUACUGUAUUCUCAUGUGGUCUAAAUGUUUUGCAUUUGCUAUCAAAACACCACUAACAAUGGCUUUGCAUGUGUUGUGUAUAUAAUGGUUGUUCUCGCUCAAUAAAGCAGAGGUUAUGUGAAUAGCUCAGCCAAUGACACACUAUAUUCUGACCCAACUUCUGACCACAGACUAAAACUUCAAAUACUGUCAGUGCCUAAAUGUCUUCUCAAUGGGAAAAGAUUCCAAUUGUGGAAAUUGAUUUUCAUAUUCCCUAAUGUCCCUAAUGUGAUUUUUUUUUUUUUCUUUUUUUUUUAUAAUAACCUACCAAAACUUGCAAAACAACUUUUUUAAGGUGUAAGGUCAUUUCUUGGGGCUGUGUUUUGUUACUGUAUGAUUUGUAGGAGGAUUGGGAGACUGUUUUUAAAUAAAUGCAAACAAAAUU